GUUAUGAGCUAGAACUUGCAAAGCAUACAAUUAAUGUAAUUGAGUAUGGAGGAAAAGCAGUAAAAUUAAUUUCCUUAAUAAAUCGAGCAGUUGUUGAAAAUUUAAUAUAUUAUGAUGAAAUCGAUUUUCUUCUAUAUCCCCCAAAUGUAAUCCCACCAAAGACGAAUUUCUUUAAUCUCUUAGAAUUUUUAGCUAAGCUAUCAAAAAAAAUAAAUCCUGAAAUCAUGAAACCUAUUCUUUGGCAUGUAAAGUAUAUAAUCUGUGAUGGAAAUGAAGAACUUAAUGAUUAUAUCUGGAACUA